AUGGACAAACUCCUCAGCGUCGGAAAGGACAUGCUCCAGCAGCAGCUGUCUGGUCAGGGGCAGAGCCAAGUCAAACAGUUAGUACAAGCCGUGGCGGUACACCUCUCUCAGGCCGAAGCGACUAACAGCCAUCAAGACCAGGGCGGCGGCGGCGGCAAUAGCAGCAGCGGAGGAGGUUUCCAAGAUGAUAUCCUCAGGAUGGCCCAGCAGCACGCGUCCAGCAACGCCGGUCAUUCUGGCAACAGCGACCUAUUCUCCAACAUUAUGAGCGCCGUCGGGAACAAGCAGGAAAAGAUCCAAAACGAGGACAUUGACGAGCAAGAUGCCAUCAAGCAACACCAGCAUGCCUACAAUAACGACGGUAAAGGCGACUCUAGCUCGCUCGGAACCGCCGCCGCCAUGCAGGCUCUCAAGAAGUUCACCCAGUCUGACAACAACGCCAGCUCAGGGACGGGACAGGCUGCCUUUCUGGGCAUGGCCAUGUCCGAGGCUAGCAAGCUCUUCGAUUCCAAGGCUUCGCAGGGAAAGGUUGCGGACGGAGCUAGCAAGGAGAAUGUCGUGCAGCAGGCGGCUGAGAUGGCCAUGAAGAUGUAUUUCAAGAGCCAGGCCGAGUCGCAGGGUGGAUUGGCCGGGCUGGCCUCCAAGUUCAUCAAGUAA